CAGGUAAUACUGCGCCCCCUUCCCCUUUGCAUGUAGCACUGUUAGGUCUAGCGGUAUGCUAGCAAAACCUGACCACUACAAGGUUGCGUCGACUUAGCAAGGGAGGAAACAGACUAAAGGCACACACUUGUAACGAGAUCAAGAGUAAUUGCAAUUCAACUACCAUCAUGGCAGAAACAAAAUCUAACAAACAGCUGACCCAUAAAAAGGAUAAAAAAGUGAAGGAACGUGAUGGUGGUGUGAAGGCAAUCACAGCAGCUCUGAAAGCUCUUCCACUUGAGGAGCAAGUGUCUACACUUUUGGCAAAAUAUGCAGAAAUGGCAGAGGAAAACAAAAGACUACAGAUGAGUACAAAGACAGUGGAGCGACAGGUACAGGUGCUUCAGAGGGACAAGGACCAGCUGGAGUCAGAGCACACAAAGGUGAUCUUGGCCAAGUCAAAGCUGGAGUCACUUUGUCGAGAACUUCAAAAGCAGAAUAAACUCAUCAAGGAAGAAAAUUUAGCAAGACUUAGAGAAGAGGAAGAAAGAAGAAAAGAAGUCUCCACCAAAUUCAAUGUUACAUUAUCUGAAAUUUCAAAUUUGAUGAAGGAAAAUUCUGAUAAGAAUUCUAAGUUGAGAGAUGAGAACCAGGAUAUGGCAACCCGACUACAGGAUCUUAUAAAGCAGUAUGAAUCAAGGGAGUCACAUGUGCAAAAAAUGGUUAAACAGAAGGAGCUGCAGUGCCAGUUAAGUGAAGCAAGGAUGGCCAAGCAGCAAAUUGAGAUGACAGAAGACAGGGAGAAAAUGCUUCUAGAGAAAAAAACACUCUUGGAGGAGGUGGCUGCGUAUCAAAAGAAAACACAGGAGAUGUCUUUGAAUGAAAUAAGUCUUCGUACACAACUCAACUCCUACAUGGAAAAGUAUGAAGACUUCCAAACCUUAGAAAAAUCCAAUCAAAUAUUUCACACAUUCAAGAAAGAGAUGGAGGAAAUGGCUAAGAAAAUAAAGAAAACGGAGAAAGAUACGAAGAGUUGGAAAGAACGAUGCGAGGGUGCCAAUAAAGCAUUAUUGGAGAUGGUUACAGAGCGAUCUCUUCUUGAAAAACAGCUAGAUCUGCAAGUUAAGCAGAACAAACAAUUGCAGAACCUUUGCAGAGCACUUCAACAGCAACUGACUGAAAUUAGAAAACAAGAUAAAAAUAAUGCUGAGCCAGAGUGUAAGGAUCCAGAACAAAUAUCCCAAGAGAAAUCUGCAUUAGUAGAGGAUUCAACUGGGAAAAACAUCAAUCCUUUGGAAAAUGAAGAUUUUACUGUUGAGGAAACCAAUUUUCCAGUAACAAUGGAAGUGGCACUCAAUCCUGAGGAAAGCAUUGCCUUAGAAACUGAGAAUGAUGAAUCUAAGGACUCAUGUGAUGUUACCAUAGCCAAGGAUCAUGUUGAGGUAAUAGAACAGACUGCUGAGGUAGGAGUUAAUGGGGGUUUUGUGGGAGAGGAUAAUGUUGAAGUAACAGAAAAGAAUAGUAAUGUCAAAGCUGAUCAGGAUGCUGUGACAGAGGAUCAUAUUGAAGUAAUAGAACACAGCACCGAAGUAAAAGUCACUGGGAAAAUAGAUCAGGAAGAUAAAGAAUCUGAAAUGGUUACAUAUAAUAUGGAUGAUGUUGACUAGAUAGAUCAUUAUAUUAUUUUAUAAAAGUAAGAAAUCCGACAUUGUCAUAUUUGUGGGAUUUACCUCUUGGUUGUUGACUUAUUGUGAAUAUAUGUAUGUUUGUGAGAGAUCUGUAAUACUAUCUUAAAAGUAUGAAGGUUCAGAAUUUUGUAUUUAUGUAAAUAGUGACUAAUUAUUCUUGUGUAUAUUUCAUGAGUGUCUGAUAGAUGGGAUUUGUGAUUUUGAGUUUUUGAAUGUAUACUGCAUCCCUGGAAUAAUUUGCAGUUUACUGAAAAGAAAUGUUAAUUUUAUACCCUGACAUUACUUUUCUAGUCAUUGGAAGAAAAUGAUAGAAUAUAGAAUGCCAUGUAUUGUCAGCUCAUUAAGAUGCAUGAAAUUGCAUACAGUGAAGUAAAAUCUCAGGUGCAAGUUGUGCAACUAAAUGUGGUAUAUAUAUAUAUAUAUAUAUAUAUAUAUAUAUAUAUAUAUAUAUAUAUAUAUAUAUAUAUAUAUAUAUAUAUAUAAAAUUUUUCAUGGGUUGCAUAUGGGAUGUUAUAUGAUAGAAGUUGAUCAUCAUCCUUACUUUUUAUUUUUUAUUUUAUUUAUUUAUUUAUUUAUUUUUUUUUUUUAUCAGCCCCAAAACAGCCAUUUUCUCAGAUUAACUGGUUUACCCCUUGGUAUAUAUAUAUAAUGCACCUCCCAGUAUGUCUAAAAAGAUUUAUAUAAUAUUAGGUGCAUCAAAUGUGUUUUCAAAUAAAAUUAAAUAGCAUCUGUCCUAAAUGUAAAUUACUUACUUAUACCAAAGCUGUUUCCUCCCAAAAAGAGAGAAGCUAAGACAAGACACAACUUUCAUAUUCACACCACUCUUAGCUUUUUGGCCCCUGAUGAAGAAGAGAAAGCACUCCUGCUAUCACAAACACAAAUGCGAAUAUCAUAAAACUAGAAAGCAGUGCCUAGUAAACUUCUUGAUUCUGCUGCUUCCUCUUUUGCUAAUAUUUUUUUGUCAUUAACUUUAUGCAUUGAAAUGGUGUGGCACUGCUUGAAUCUCUUCAACCACCCCUCAGUAUACAUGCAGUGAUGUUGUAAACCAAGCUCUCUAUGGAAUAACUUCCAUCAUCAUAAUAACAGAUAUAUCACCACUAUCACUUCUUCACUCCCAAAUCCUUUGCACCAUUAUUCAGUCUUAAUAUGUACUUUUUUCAUCUUUCAUUAUUUUAUGUAUGCAUAUGUUUCUUUGAAUUAGUCAGCAAAGAACUGCUUCAAGUUUUCUCACUACUUUAUAUUGUCCAUGGGCCAUAAAUUUCGCAAGUGAAAAACAGAAACCUCACAGUCCAGAUGUAGCAACACUCAUAUUUUCUUAAAUGUUAUUGUGUUAUGUUUAAAUUUUGUAUCAUAAUUACAUGUUCCUUUUGAAGCCAUAGCUAGUGUGAAAUAAUGGUCACAAAUGAGAGAUCAAGUAUUAACACACACACACACAACAGACGAUAAACAGACAAGAGGAUGCACUAAGAUCAUGAAAAAUCAGUGUUCGAGGAACAUUAAAAGCUUUCCACAUAAGACUGUGGACAUCUGGAAUGGCUUGAGUGAAGAGACUGUAACAGCAGAAAGUGUGCAUAAAUUUAAGAAAAAGUUGGACAAAAUUAGAUAUGGAAACAGAUCACUAUGAGCCCUGCUUGAACACUGUAAUAUACAACUAGGUAAAUAUGCACAUAAAAUUUGGAGUUUCUUGAGUGGACUUGGUGGUUCUGUGUGAAAUCUCUCCUACUGUUAAAAUUGCUCACAGGAGUACUUAUUACUCAUGUUAAUUUGUUUCAUCUACAUUCUAACAUAUUUUGCAGACUAGUAAUAGUAUUUUAUUGGUGUUCAGUUAUACACAGCUAUUGAUUCUUGAUUGCACCUUUUCAGUUCUAACUUAUUUUGCAGACAACAAAUUGAAAGUAAUUUGUUAAGAUAACUUUAAACAGGUAUUGAUAAUACAUAAAAUAUAUAAAAUAUC